CGCACAGGAUUAUUGAGAAACGUAAUUAUUUUACCAUGUUGCGAUUUCAUGUAAAUUCGUACGGAAACGUACGAUUUUUAAAGAGAAAGGGAAGCAUGAAGGUCCACCGCUAAUCCAUCAGUGGGACAUAAACAGAUUUUUUUUGUGGACUGAGCUCCAGGAUUAGCCUACUCUAUAUAGCCUAUAUAUACGUUUUAUUUUACUUAUCGGUAUUUUACAUUACUUAUAAGAGUAAUAAUAAAUUGCAACUUACACUGAUCUGGCUUAUCUGUUGUUUUUUCUCAGACAUUGUUAUUUCUGCCAGACUACUGACAAAAAUGAAACAAGUAUUUCGAAUAAUCAGGAGAUAUUUGGUGUAAAUUAGGUGAACAAGUGUUUUAGUGUUAGAAAUACUGUUUCUAAUUUUAAUGUUUAACGCUAUUGUAACAUUAAAACUGACACCAAUAAACAUAAUGUAAAUCUUCCAGAUAAACUGUUGGGUGUGAUGAUGUUGUGAAAGGCCAUGAAAAGACAUAACAAUGUGAGCAAAUGUACUAAGGCUGUAGUAUCAUUAGUAAGUCAUUUUCUGGAAGUUUUAUAUCAAACACAGCAAUGAGAUGUGAUUUACCUGAGAAUAUGCGACCCCUUUAAGAAUGGCACCGCGCGCACUGAGGAUGCGCAGAAGAGAAAAGCGCGAAAGGCGAGUGUUCAGUCUUCACCCUCACCAUUGGAAGCUGCUCAUUGUAUAAUAUUUCCAGUCUGCAUGAGAUCUCAGACAUCACCAUAAUUAUUGAGGAGAAAACCGAGAACUUUUGGAGACAAAGAUGCUUUUCGGGACAAACUCCAGGUGUAGCAGCUGAAAUCUGUGUUAAAAACAUUAAAAAUGGCGAUUGUUAAAGAGGAGAUUGAAGAUAUGAGUGAUCCAGAACCAUCCAGAAUAAAACAUGAAGAUGCUGAGGAACAAACAGACAUGAUGGAAGUGAAACAAAGACAUAAACUGAAUGACGUGAAGGAGGAACAUUGCGACUGCAAAACUCAAAGAGAAAAUGCCAAAAAGCUGCACACUUGCUCUCAGUGUGGGAAGAGUAUUUCUUGUACAUCAAGUCUCAGUAAUCAUCUGCUCUGUCACUCUGGAGAAAAGACAUUUAACGGUAAUCAGUGUGGUAAAAAGUUAAAUUCAUUAUCACAACGAAAUAAACACCUGAAAGUUAAUUCAGACAAGAGCCCUCACUUGUGUUCUCUCUGUGGAAAGAGUUUUUCAAGGCUGAGCAGUUGUAAACAGCACCAGAAAACACACACCGGUGUGAGAGAUCAUGUGUGCUUUGAGUGCGGGAAGAGCUUUACUAGAGCUGAGCAUCUGAAACGGCACCAAAGAAUUCAUACUGGAGAAAAACCUUACCAGUGCUCAUCGUGUGACAAGAGGUUCACUAUGUCUACACACCUGAAAGCACAUCAGCGGGUUCAUACUGGAAAGAAGCCACUCCGCUGCACUCAGUGUGGGAAGAGUUUCAGGAAAGCAACAGUUUUCAAAAUUCACCUGCGUGUUCAUGCUGGAGAAAAGCCAUUUAACUGUGAUCAGUGUGGUAAAGAUUUUAAUUCAUCAUCAAAUCUUAAAGAACAUCUAAAAAUUCAUACAAACGAGAGGCCUUAUGCGUGCUCUUUUUGUGGAAAGAGAUUUUCACGGAUGUCUCAUUAUAAACGACAUCAGAAGGUACAUAGCGGUGUGAGGGAUCAUGUGUGUUGUGAGUGUGGGAAGAGCUUCGUUACAGACGUCCAUUUGAAACGGCACCAGAGAAUUCAUACUGGAGAAAGACCUUUCAAGUGCUCGUACUGUGAAAAGAGUUUCUCUCGGUUGGAGCACCUGAAAUCACAUGAGCGAGUUCACACUGGAGAGAAGCCGUACUACUGCCCUCCAUGUGAGAAGAGCUUUAGACAUUUACCAAGCCUUCUCACGCAUAUGAAAAAAUGUAAGAAGUCGUCACAGUGAGCAACAUUCAUUUUCAUGUCAAAUACACUUAUGACCAGUUACAGAAGAUGCGAAUAUCGUUUAUUAUCUCCUAACAAGGCCACAUUUUAAAGGGUUAGUUCACCCAAAAAUGAAAAUUCUGUCAUUAAUUACUCACCUUUGUGUCGUUCCACAUCCGUAAGACCAUCGUUCAUCUUCAGAACAAAAAUUAAGAUCUUUUUGAUGAAGUCUGAAAGGUUUCUGUCCCUCCAUAGAGAUUCAACGCAACUACCAAUACAAGGUCCAGAAAGUUAGGAAUGACAUUAUUACAGUACUCCAUGUGACUCCAGUGGCUUAAACUCAAUUUUAUGAAGCGACACGAGUGCUUUGUUUGUGCAAAAAAAAAACAUAAUUUACCGCUUAAUUUGUGUUCGGAAGAUGAACGAAGGUCUUACGGAUGUGGAGCGACACAAGGGUGGAUAAUUAAUGACAGAAUUUUUAUUUUUGGGUGAACUGACCAUUUAAGUUCUGGUAGAUUGGAUGGUAAGCAAACAAUCAGUUCUUGUAAUCAAUAGCUCCGUUUCCAUUACCCUUCAAAUUGUGCAAAUUGAAAUUGCGAAUUGAAAGUACACCUAAUGUUAAUUUCACAAAAACUCCCAAAUAUUGCAAAAAAGCUUUUACGCUCGCAUGAGGUGGUUUUUCAGGCAAUUCGAAAUAGGAAUAUUUUGCAAAACUGCAUUAUAGAAACAGUUUUUCCGCAUUUACAGGUCACGUGGCGUACGUAAGAGUCGAUCAUUCUUUAAAGAUGGCGCGGUAUGUUUGGACAGAAGACGAGACAGAGUUCUUUAUUAAACUCAUAAAAGACAAAAGAAUUACAGGAACACUGGAUUCUAAACAACAAAGAAAAGUCACAGUUUAUCAAGAUCUCGAAGCAGAUAUGAGGGAGAAACACUCAGAUAUACCUCAUACGUGGCCGCUCCAAAGUUUAAGGGGCUUUUCUUGCCAUUAACACGUCUCCUUCAAUUAAAAAUAAUGGCUAAUGCAGUGUCUGCGAUAUACUUAAACCUACUAUCAUCUGUUCUCAUGAUUUUUGGAAUUACCACGAGAGGAAAAAAUUACAUUUUAGUCGCAUAACAUCAGUUAAUGGUAAAAGCCAUUAUUUCGCAAUAGUUUUUUAGAAAAUAUCACAAAAGUUUUGCGCAAAUCUGUAAUGGAAACCCAGCUAAUGUGUUGGAUGCAGGAGAUAUGGGCAGGAAUAAAGAUCUGAGCAGCUUUGACAAGGGCCAAAUUGUAAUGGCAAGGCGACUGGGUCAGAGUAUCUCUGAAACGGAGAGACUUGUGUGUUGCUACCAGUCAGCAGUGGUGAGAAUUUACCAACAGUGUCUGAGGAGGGACAAACACAAACUGGCAACAGGGUUUUGGGCGCCCAAGGCUCAUUGAUGCACGAGGACAAUGAAGGCUAGAUGUGGAUGGCCAUGUACGUGUGCAGCGUUUACCCGGGGAAGUGAUGGCACCAGGGUGAACUGAGGGAUGACGACAAGCCGGUGAAAGGAGUGUGACGCUCUGGCCAAUGUUUUGCUGGGAAACCCUGGGUCUGGUCAUUAAUGUCGACGUCAAUUUGACACGUGCCACUUUCCUAAAGAUUAUUGUAGACUUGGUACACCCCUUCAUAACAGUGGUGGAAGUGGCCUCUUUCAGCAGGAUAAUGCACCCUGCACACAUUGUUCAGGAAUGGUUUGAGGACCAUGAUGAAGAGUUCAAGGUGUUGCCCUGGCCUCCAAAAUCCAAUUGAGCAUCUAUAGGAUGUGCUGGACCAACAAGUUCGAUCCACAGCGGCUCCUCCUCACAGGAUCUGCUGCUAACAUCUUUGUGGCAGAAACCACAGGACACAUUCAGAGGUCUCAUAGAGUCCAUGCCUCGAUGGGUUUGCACUGUUUUAGUAGCAGGCGGAGGAUCAACAGCAUAUUGUACCGGUGGUUAUAAUGUUUUGGCUCAUCGGUGUACAUUAAAGUAAAUUGUGUGAGAUAAGGAAAAUAUGGAGUUACUCCCAAAAGCACAAUCUUAUCUAGUUUAAUACUGUGAAUUUGUUGAAAUACUUGGAGAACUAAAAAGACUUAAGAGUUGAAGCUUCACCUAGUCAACAACUUUUACAGUGUAAAUAAAGUCAUUUGUAUGUGUUCUGAUUGUACAUAAAACUAUGAGGAAAUACAACAUCUUUUCUUGAAUUAUCUGUGAUUGAUUGAAGUGAGUUUGAACAGUAAAACUGUAAUAAGAUGUACAGUAUUGUAAAAUCAACCCAGACAGAAUGAUCUGGUCUUGUUUGUAUCAUACAAAGAGGUCAGUGUCCUGUUUUCUUAUUUAUUAUUGACUCCUGUCGAACAUUGAGGUACGGUACCUCAGGUACCAAAAUAAUAGAAGCUGAAAAAUAUUGAACAAUAAACAAACUGUGAAAAACACAA